CCACACUCCCCAACUCAGCGCGGUUAGUUGCUCGCUGGUUUUUGUAACGUCAAGUCAUCCCUCGCUUCUGACGGGGGCGAGAAAGAAGAAGAAGAAGAAAAAAACACGCAAAGGACCAGAAACUACAAACCAACUUUAGCGUUUCUGCAGGAAACGAAGCAAACGGAUUUCUGAGAAGAGAAAACCGAGGACCGGAGCCCCUCUUUCUGCAGGAAAAAGGAGGCUUAACUUUUUUCCCCCCUUCUUCUUUUUUUUUUUCCUCCUCUAUCCUCUCUUCGUUCACCAAAAUGAACCGGAGCUUUAAUAAAUCGCAACCUUUGCGACACGCUGAUUGCGACGCGGUGGAAGUGAAGAGCAAGUAUGGAGCCGAGUUCCGCCGGUUCUCUGUAAACCGGUUCAAGCCUGGCAAAUUCGAGGAGUUCUACAAGCUCAUCCUGCAUAUUCACCGCCUUGCGAAUAUAGAGGUGAUGCUUGGCUACGCCGACACCCACGGGGACUUCCUGCCGAUUAACAACGACGAGAACUUUUCCAAGGCGGUCGACUCUGCUCAUCCCCUCCUCAGGGUAUUUGUGCAAAGACGAGAGGAGGUCGACUACGCCACCUUCGGCACCAGCACCUUAACCCGUAAGAAGAAGGCGGUGGUGGUGAACCUGCGCAACAGCGACAUCAGCCGCAAGCGUCCCCGCGUCCCCAUCGGCAUGCCGCAGGACUUCCGUCCCGUCUCCUCCAUCAUCGACGUGGACAUCCUGCCGGAGUCCCACCGCCGCGUCCGACUCUAUCGCCACGGCUCGGACAAACCCCUGGGCUUCUACAUCCGCGACGGGACCAGCGUCCGCGUGACGCCCCACGGGCUGGAGAAGGUCCCGGGCAUCUUCAUAUCCCGGAUGGUGCCCGGCGGCUUGGCGGAGAGCACCGGGCUGCUGGCGGUCAACGACGAGGUGCUGGAGGUGAACGGCAUCGAAGUGACGGGCAAGUCUUUGGACCAGGUCACGGACAUGAUGAUCGCCAACAGCCACAACCUGAUCGUGACCGUCAAGCCGGUGAACCAGCGCAACAACGUGGUCCGCGGCAGCAGGAUCUCCGGCAGCUCGGGCCAGUCGUCCGACAGCAGCGGCUCCAUCGGCCACCCGAGCUUCUCGGCGGCGUCGGCGCGGGAGGCGCCCGCCGCGCCGCAUCCCGGUUACCACGACGACCUGGAGAGCGACGAGGACACCGACAUCGUCAUCGAGAGCAGCCUCAAGCGGCCGUCGCUCCGCUCCAACGCCUCGCUGGCCUCCAGCGCGUCCCGCACGCACCAGCAGGCUCCGGCGGCUCCUCCCAGCCCGCCCACGCGGCCCUCGUCGGUGGUCUCCACCACCUCCUUCCGGUCCCAGACGAGUCUCAACGGAGGGUCCCACCACCACCACCAGCACCAUCACCCUCCACAACAACAGCACCCACCACCCUCCAUCAGCCUGAGCCAGCAGCUGCACAGAGACCUGAACCUUAAACACAGCCAGCAGCAUCAGCAUCAGCAUCAGUCCAAACACAGCGAGCUGCACUCACAGCCGCCUCAUCACAGCAGCAACCCGGCGCUGCGGCACAGCAACGGCAGUCUGCACAAAAUCCUCAGCUCUCUGAAAACGGACCCACGGCACAGUCUGUCUCUGCCCAAAGGAGGGGUGGAGGAGGAUGGCACCGUCAUUACCCUAUAAUAAUUACAGAUAAGGAAUAAACAUCCUGGCUGCUCAGAGACUAUACAGGAACACGGACGUUCUCCGUCAGACUCCAACUGUGUGGCCUUUUUUUUUUUUAAUGAGACGAUAGGAAGUUUACAAUGAGACCGUGUAUAUAUCUUGUAUUUUUUAAAGUUCGUCGUACGUUGAAAAAUGUGUAUGUUCUUUAUAAGCAUCAGAACAAAUGAUUUAUUUUUUUUUUUAUAGUCCACUGUAGGUUAGAGCUCUGAAUGUACCUGCAGCCGGGUGUCUUUUUCUUGGUGUCCACCUUUUUUUUUUUUUUUAAGACCCUCUUUCAUUCUCGUCACUGGGACCAACGUGGGGUUUGCUUAUGGAUGUUUUUUUUAAAGAGUAAAUCUAUAUUUCUUAUAUUCCCAAAAAUGCUGUGUAGAGUUGUUUUUACUAGGUCUUUUAUACAUCCAUGUUUGUGAUCAAAUCUUUGUAUCUGUUUAAAUAAAUUAUUUUCUCGUUCAUGAAA